AGAGAGGGAGAAACAGAAUCUGAAGCAGGCUCUAGGCUCUGAGCUGUCAGGACAGAGCGAAAUGCAGGACUCAAACUCAGGAACAACGAGAUCAUGACCUGAGCAGAUUUUAGACGCUGAACAAACUGAGCCACCCAGGUGCCCCUAUAAGUCGCUAGGAUUUUGAUUGAGGGAACACUGAAUGUAAUUUCUGCUUCUGCUCUCACUUCUGAUCUCUUCUGGCCAUUUUUUCUCUCUUCCCUUCUAGGAUCUGCCUCAGAUCUCCCUCACGACAGCCCCUGGAACGGCUCCCAUUGGGUCUGGCCUUCCACAUAGCUAGCAAGGCUGUCUCAGGAGGCUCCACCCCCAUAAUGGCUGGAGUGGCCACCACAUGCCCCGAGCCCAGAAUCCUGACCAGUAAGGUGCUCUUAUUUGCAUUGGGCCAUUUACCAGUAAAGAUGAUGGUUGGGCCCAUUCUCUCUUACUCUUCUGCAGCCAGCUCUGGCUCCUGGAGGGGAGUACAGGCAUUCAUUAGUGCCUGAUUUCAACUGUGUUUUGAGUAUGUCUGACGAUGUUUCCAGUUCUUAACGGGGUUUCAGUGCUCCCUUGAGCUUCUGGUCACACCAGUAGCCAGAUGUCUGUUACCUGAUUGCUUCCUUGAAAAGUUUUCAACUUCCUUUCUCAUGGCUUUGAUCUUUCUGGUGUAAGAAACAUCCCCUCCAAGGAUCCUGUUCCCCUUCCUCCCUCUUUUUCCUUCUCCUCUCCCUUCCAUUCCCAGCAGGGAUGGCAUGGGCAGCUUCCCCCACCAACCCCACUCCCCAGUAGCUAAAGGCAGGGAAUUAAGGGAGGAAAGACAGGGGAGCAGCCUCAGGCCACUUUCCCAGUGGGAAAGACUGGGGUUCAGAAGGAGAGAGGCCCACCUGGGCAUCCUCAUAGUAGAGACAUUGCAGAGUGAGAUAUAUAUGACAACAGAGCUGGAGAUAUGGAGGAAGGUUCAGAAAGAUGGAAAGAUGUGGAUGUCAGUGAUGUGGAGGUCAGUACCUGUCAGUGACCAAGUAGGGAUGGGGAGUUGGGGCCACCAAAAGAGAGAAUGGGGAGUGCUGGAGGCUGACCAGCUCAGGGAGACACUAAAUUCAGCUCUAUCCAGGCAGUGAAGACUGUGUGGAGUCACAGUAGCCUGGGUGUUGAAUCCUAGCUCCACCAAUAUAGCUGUGUGAUCUUGUGCAAAUUACUUAACCUCUCUGUGUCCAGAUUUCUCAUUAAUAAUAACUAAUACUUAAAUAGCACUUAUUAUGUGCCAGAGGCUGUACAUACAUACCUAUGUACCUGUGAUAUAGAUAAUAUUAUUACCCCUCAUUUUAUAGAUGAGUGCUGGAUAAAAUGAGAAUGAUAGGUCAAAAGGCUGUUGGAGAAUGAAAUGAGCUAUACAUGUAAAGCCCUUAGCUGCUUGGCAUUAAUGCUCAAUAUUCCCCUUAUUCGUCAUUACUAUCAUUUCACUUGAAGAGGGAUGCUGAGAACCUGAGUUGUCAAGGAGAAGGAGCAGCCCAUGGGGAGAGCUGAGGGCUGGGAAGCACAUUCCUGGGGCCCUCAGUUGAUCCACCCUCUCCAUGGUCUCUCAGGCCUGACACUUCUGGAAGGAGAUGAGUGUGGAGUGUGGUAGUGGCUCUGUGACCCCUUAUGACUGCCACCAUAGGGACACCAACCACUACCCUGUCAAAUGAAAGGGUGGGGCCGGGAUGGUAGAGUAUCCCUCUCCCUUCAACCUUCCUUCUUCCUCUCCAAAACAGACUCAUUCUCAGACUCAACCUUCCCAUUCAGUUAGCUGGGACCAUUUCCUGCAGGUGGAUUCCUGGGGCCACCAGCCCAUCCAGGUCUCCUUCACCAACAGUAUAAGGGGAUCAGUCACCAAGUAGGAGGCUGAGGUUCUGGUCUGGGUCCUGCCACCAGCCUGCCAUUUGGACCUAACUUCUCUGAAGCAGUUUUCUCAUCUGCAGAAGGAAGGACCAGGGCUAGCUGGUCUCCAGGGGUCUUCUAGCCUUCAUGAAGUCUAGGUCUGGGCAGUUGGAACCUUUGUCCUUCACCCUUUCUUCCCAUUCCCACCCUCUUCCUUAGAGAGCCUCAUUAGCUAGGGACACUUUGGACAUCCCAUGUGCAGGAUGGGGAAGCUCUCCCUUCACAGCUCCUUCCAUAUGGAGCCCCUUUGGGCUGGCUCCUGGCCCUCCCAACACCUCCAGUCCUCUCACUUUGAGACAGGCGAGGAGUCCUGCUCUGUGAUGCCUCCUUAGACCACUCUGAGUGGAUGAAAGACACAAUUCUUGCUAAAUAAAACACCAAACCCUCCACUUGUCUCCUAGUCAUUGUGUAUUUGUCAAAGCACAUGUGCUUUGCCAUUAUGCAGUUACCGACCAAGUCUGGUCUCCUGCUUACCAGGUGUGUGACCUUGGGCAAGUCACUUCCCUAAUCUGAGACUGUUUAUUCUCAUCGGUAAAAUGAAGCUAACAUUGCUAAUCUCAUAGGUUAUAAGAAGGUAAGGUGUUUAGCAUAUUCUUUGGUACAUAGAAAUGCUCAAACGUUAGAAAUUAGUAGGAUUAUUUUGUGACUAACCCCUCAGCCUUUAACUCAGACACAACAACCUCUACUCACACUAAGAGAUCAACCUGAGCCUCUACUUACCCCCUAGUUUCUCUAACCGAGAUGCAUGGGUCCUCUGGAGGAAGUUGUGGCUAAAAGAGAAGGGCGGAUGUUUAUGCAACUAAAGCAGAGAUUGUGAAUCUCAGCACCACUGACAUGUUGGGCUGGAGAGUUCUUUGUUGCGGGUUGGGGGCUGUCCUGCGCAUUAUGUAUUAUGUUGAAUAGUACCUCUGGCCUCUAUCCACUAGAGGCUAGUGACACCCCCUCCAAGUUGUGACAAGAAUAUCUCUAGGGACACCUGGGUGGCUCAGUUGGCUGAGCGUCCGACUCUUGAUUUUGGCUCAGGUCAUGAUCCCAGGGUUGUGGGAUCAAGCCCCAUGUCAGGCUCCACACUUAGCAUGGAGCCUUCUUGAGAUAUUCUCUCUCUCUCUUUCUCUCUCUCUUUCACUCUGUCCCUCUCACUUACUCCCACUCUCUCUCUCUAAAAUAAAAUUAAAAAACAACAACAAAAAAGAAUAUCUUCAGACUUUCCCAAAUGUUUGCUGGGAGAGCAAAACUGUCCCUCUCUGUUGAGAACCACUCUCCUAGAGGCCUAGGUUCCUGGGGGAAAGGGUGGGGCUGGGGACUAAUGGAAAAGGGAGUUGUUAGUCACUCUGGGUCCAGAUGGAGCUACAGGGGAAGGCCUGCUGCUUCCUUAGUUCCUCCAUCUUUCAGGGUGCAUUGCCAGGGAGGCAGGCCACCCAGUUCUGAGUAAUCAGUCUUUGGCCUGACUCCAUGGAGCCUCAUUAAUUUCCCAUUAAUUACAUUAAUAAGAAGUUGGCCUGUUCUCUUCUCAUUCAUUCCAGCCCUGCCUAGGGCUUAGGGACAAGUCACACCAAGUAAUGAGAACAAUUCAUAUGUUCUCCCAAAGUGUCUCUCUGGUCCUCCCAUGAGCCCCACUGCCCUGAGACCCUGGCUUCUUGACCUUUAGAUCUUGACCCUCUCCACUCCUUCUGCCUGCUCCACUUCCCCCAGAAAGGCAGCAGAUGGUCCAGACACCCACUCUAUAUAGCCGAGUAGUAAGUGCUUACUGAUUGUCUACUGUGUGCCAGGCACUAUCUCAGGUGACGGGGAAAGCAGCAGUGGUCAAGACAAAGACCUUGCCUGCAGGGUGCUUACUUUCCAUGAGAGGAGACACACUGUGAACAAAUCAAGUGAGCCAUAAAGAGGUGGUGACUUGGACACCUGGACCCAUGACUUUCUCUCUCCUUGGCCCCAGUAGUCUGUCCCCCACAACUCCAGACCCAGGUACUGUCACUUGGAAGUCCAGUGAAUGAAUUUUGACAGUCUUCUGAACUAACGCUUGCUCUAGGCAAGGAAUCAAGAGGAGGGAAAGAGGAAGACUCCAGGAGAUUCUAGAAGUGAGAUGUCUGCAUUUCUAUAUAGGGGUGAUAGGGGCUUGGAGGCAAAGUGAUGGCUGUUGGGCUGAUGUGGGAGAGGAGGGAAGGGGUUGUCUGAAGGCAGAGCCCCUGUACACCAAGCAUCUCUACCAAAGAACUCAGCCUCUGUUCCCAUCUGCGUCCCUGGUGAGGUGUGUGAUGUUGGGUCCUGGGCUUCUGUGUCAGUCUUGUAGCUUGUCUCUGUCACUGUCCCCACUGUAUCCACAUCUUGUGUCAUCUCUGGAUUUCUGGAAGCACCUGUCUCUGCAGUAGUGGACCAUGUGAGGUCUUUCUGCUUCUUUGCUCUUUCACCUGAUACUCAUGGAUGACUCCACCCAUGGCAAAAAAGAGUGACCAUGUGUGAAUAAGGGGUGUGGAAAACAGGGCUGACACGAGAGAAGCAGAAGGGCAAAUGUGAAGCUGGAGAACCAGAAUGUGAAUCUCCUCCCAGAACCUGAGCACCCAAUCACCCCCCCAUCUGCCUCACCCAUCAGAGCCCAGUCCUUUUAGAACCUAGCAAUAUGCUCCCUAUCUCCUCAGAGCCCUGGAGGCUGCCCCCACCCAGUCCCCUCUCCCUCUGCUGGGCCUGGGUCAGGAGUCUGCCUACUCUGUGUUCCUCUUCCCAGAUCCCACCCAUUCAGCAGGCACCCAGGUGCUUGGCUCUGUGACACAGCAGUUGCGGUCUCCUGUUAUCAGGGCAGGCACCCUUGUGGGGUGGGGCGGUUCCAUUUGCUUAAGGUUGAGACCUGGGGGGCCCCAGCCCCCAUGACGUCAAACAUGGACCCAUUUAAGCUGAGAGGACCCCAGCCCAUGGUCCCAAGCAGCUGUCCAACUCCAACAUGGCCCAGCCAGCCCACUGCAUCUGCUCCACCUUUGGCCUCCACUGCUGCCUCAUCUUCCUUUUAGCUUCUCAGGAGGCAGGUGCUAUCACAUUUCAAGAACUUCAGAAAACUGGUGAUUCCCCAGCAUCUGAUAAUUUGUUCUCUCCUGCUUCAGGCUUUGUUUAUAGUGCACCCCCUGAUCAUACUGCUCUUCAGUCAAGCCAUAGCCCUCUAGACCUCACUAAAUCUACAGAAACCCAUAAGCUAAAACGCAAUUGCAACGCUACACACCAUCUCAAGCCGAUUUACAAACACAUAGGUAAUUCCCAAAACUCUACAAGUCAUCAUGGUAAUUCCCAAAACUCUACUUCUGAAAAAACCCUGAGCAAUCAAGGAAGAGACCCAAAUGUUCGGAAUGGACGGUCUAUUGAUCCUGCUGACUCUACUAACACACAUAAGGGAUCGUCUGGUGUAAAGUAUCCAACCUCAGCACCCAAGAUCAAAACAACUUGCCUUAAGUUCAAAUCAGUUACAGGAACAGAUAAAAGUGUAACAUCUUUGAGAAACAUUACUUCAGAGAGUAAAAGCACUACUUCACAGAAGACCAUAAAUCCUGUCCACAACUCAGGAAAUUCGGAGAGCAAAAAAAUACCUAUGUAUUCCUCAGGCAAAAGCACAACAGCCCCAUCAGAUGAGGUUACAAGAACCCCACGAAGGUCAGAAAGAGCUGGAGAUCAUACAAUAGCUGCUAAUCUCAGAACUACAGUUGCCUCAGGCACAACGAUGAUGAAGACUACAGAACGUAUAAACAGGACCACAUUAGCCAUUGAAAAGACCACACAAAUACCAGCAACACUUAGAGAACAUAGACACAGCACCAUAUCAGCUCAUAUAAAUAUCACAAAAUCACUAGAAAACUCACUAGAACAUGGAAAAGUAGCCACAUUGCUUUAUGAAAAGACUCCGGGAGUCCCAACAGAAUCUACAAAAUAUGGAGAAGAGACUACAUCAACCAAUAAGAAAGCCACAAUAACCCGCCAAAAGUCCAAGAAACAUGGACAGAACACCACUCCGGACAGCAGGAGGACCACAAGAGCCCCAGAAGGGCCCACUGACUAUAGUGAGAAGACAACCCCCGCCAAUGGGAAGACCAUGAGAGCCCCAGCAGGGCCCAAGGACCAUGAGAAGACCACCCCAGCCAACAGGGAGGUCACAAGAUCCGUGGAAGGGCCUAAGCAUCAUGAGAAGAAGACCACUACAGUCAACGGGAAGACCACAAAUGCCCCAGAAAGCCUCAAGGGUCAUGGGGAGAAGACUACAUCAGCCAACGGGAUGAUCACAAGAAUCCUAGAAGGACCCAAGGACUAUGGGGAGAAGACCACCCCAGCCAAUGGGAAGACCAUGAGAGCCCCAGCAGGGCCCAAGGACCACGAGAAGACCACCCCAGCCAACAGGGAGGUCACAAGAUCCAUGGAAGGGCCUAAGGAUCAUGAGAAGAAGACCACUACAGUCAAUGAGAAGACCACAAGUGCCCCAGAAAGCCCCAAGAGUCAUGGGGAGAAGACUACAUCAGCCAACGGGAUGAUCACAAGAACCCUAGAAGGGCCCAAGGACUAUGGGGAGAAGACCACCCCAGCCAAUGGGAAGACCAUGAGAACCCCAUCAGGGUUCAAGGACCAUGAGAAGAUCACCACAGCCAACAAGGAGAUCACAAGAUCCCCGGAAGGGCCUAAGGAUCAUGAGAAGAAGACCACUACGGUCAACAGGAAGAUCACAAGUGCCCCAGAAGACCCCAAGGGACAUGAUGAGAAGACUACAUCAGCCAAUGGGGUGACCACAAGUGUCCCAGAAGGGCCCAAGGAACAUGAGGAAAAGACCACAAGAACUCCAGAAGGGCCCAAGGACCACAAGGAGAAGACCACCACAGUCAGGAAGAUCACAAGUGCCCCAGAAAGGUCCAAGAGCCAUGAGGAAAAGACUACAUCUGCCAAUGGUAUGAUCACGAGAGCCCCAGAAGGCCCCAAGGAAUAUGGGAAGAAAACCACAAGAACCCUAGAAGGGCCCAAGGGCUCUGGUGAGAAGACAACGCCAGCUAAUGGGAAGACCACGGGAGCCCCAGAAGGGCCUGAGAACCAUGGGGGGAAGACCACUAGAGCCCUAGAAAGGACCAAGGACCACAGGGAGAAAAACACCCUGGCCAAUGGGAAGACGACAAGAGCCCCAGAAGGGCCCAAGGACCAUAGGGGGAAGACCACUAGAGCCCUAGAAGGGAUCAAAGACUAUGGUGAGAAGACAACCCUAGCCAAUGGGAAGACCAUGAGUGCCCCAGAAGGGCCCAAGGACCAUGGGAAGACCACCCCAGCCAACAGGGAGACCACAAGAGCCCUGGAAGGUCCCAAGCAUCAUGGGGAGAAGACCACCACAGUCAACAGGAAGACCACUAGAGCCCUAGGGGGGCCCAACGACCAUAGGGAGAAGACCACCCUGGCCAAUGGUAAGACCACAAGAGUCCCAGAAGGGUCCAAGGAUGAUGGGAGUAAGACCAACAGAGCCCUACAAGGGUCCAAGGACCAUGGGGAGAAGAACACAACAGUCAAUGGGAUGACCACGAGAGCCCCAGAAGGCCCCAAGGACCAUGGGGAGAAGACCACCAGAGCCCUAAAAGGGCCCAAGGACCAGAGGGAGAAGACCACCCCAGCCAACGGGAAGACCACAAGAGCCCCAGAAGGGCCCAGGAACCAUGGGGAGAAGACUACACUGGCCAAUGGGAUGACCACGAGAGCCCCAGAAGUUCCUACAGACCAUGGGGAGAAAACCACCCCAACCAACAGGGAGACCACAAGAGCCCCAGAAGGGCCCAAGGACAAUGGGGAGAAAACAACACUGGCCAAUAGGAUGACCACGAGAGCCCCAGAAGUCCCCAAGGACCAUGAGGGAAAGACCACUAGAGCCCUAGAAGAGCCCAAGAACCAUGGGGAGAAGAACACAACGGUCAAUGGGAAGACCACAGGAGCCCCAGGAAUUCCCACAGACCAUGGGGAGAAGAUCAUCUCGGCCAACAGCAAUACCACAAGAGCCCCAGAGGGGCCCAAAGAACAUGGAGAAAAUGCCACUCCAGCCAAUAAGAAGACAACAAGAACUCAAGCCAAAUCUAUAAAACAUGGAGUAAAGGCCACAAUGGCCACUGAGACCACAAAACCCCCAAGAAAACCUAAAGAAAGUGUAGGAAAAAACACAGCUUCCACAGAGACUAUAAGACCUCCAUUCAGUGUCACAGGAGACAAAUCUGUCACUAAUACCUCUCCUGGUUCAAAUAAAACUGAUGUUACCCAUGGGGUAACCAUUGGUUCUUUUACACUCACCACAUCUCACAUAGAGCUGAGUUCCAUCAUGUCAGAAGCCCCAGGCAACCAAAACCAUCCAUAUCAGAACAAAGAUGGCUCACAGGGAGGUCUUCGUGCUGGAGGAAUGAGGGAGAAUGAUUCAUUCCCUGCAUGGGCCAUAGUUAUUGUGGUCCUGGUGGCUGUGAUUCUCUUCCUGGUGUUCCUUGGCCUUAUCUUCUUGAUUGCCUGUACGAUGAAAACACGCCGUGCACUGGUCCAGAACACAGAGGACAAUGACCCAGAGGAUGAUGGGGGCCCUAAUUCCUACCCAGUCUACCUGAUGGAGCAGCAGACUCUUGGCAAGGGCCAGAUCCCUUCCCCACGGUGAUCCUUCAGAAAGGUCCCAGCUCUUCCAUGCCCUUCCUAAGAUGAGGAAUUAGACUCACCAUUCCUAUUUCCUGGACUCCAGGAAGGGCAGAGUACUGGCAGUUAACAGCAUUAACUCUUCAUCAGCUGUGUUCUUAUUGAAACUGGUCAAGGGAUGAGGUGAUAAGCAAGAAGGAAAAGCAAGAAGGGAGAUAAAGAAGAAAGAAUGAAUAAUGCAAGUGUUCUCUGCAGAAGAUGGUGGUCUUGGAAUGAAAACAUGUUUGAUGGACACAUGGGGUAGACACCAACAAAGGACACUGAGUCUUGGGAGGAGCAGCAUGACUAAAGGAAGUUUGGGGGCCUUAGAAGGCAAUGCCCCAUAUCUGACUGUGAGUUGGAGAUUGAGGACAGAGUUCCUGGGUGUCAGGACCAAUCUAUAAUAUUUCCAUGUACUAUUACUUAGAUUUUGUGUAUAAGCAGGCUCGUCUUUGACUUCCCAGGACACUUGCCUACCUCCUUUUUAAAAUGAAAAAAGUAGAAUCUGAGAAGAAAAGAGAACUUAUUUCCUUCACCCUCUCUAUACCAAGGAGCAAGGAAAAUUCCAGAAAAGAUCAUAAAUGUCUCUCAUCCAGAUGGUUCUUCCCUCUUCCUUCUGAAUCCUUUAGUUUUUUCUAAAUGUCUACAGUAGACAUCCUGCUGGUCUGGCUUUCUGGGUUGUGGGUGGCACAGAGGGAGGGAUUUUUGUGUGGUCUGCAGUCUUAUCCAUUUAUCCCCAUUCCAGACUGUCCCUGAUGGUGUUCCCCACUCAUUAUUUAUUUUCCUGUCGGUUCUACCAAAAGCCAGUCCAGGCUUUUUCCUGGAAGAGUCACUUGUCUUCUCCACUGCCCCAUACUCUCUCUACUCACACUUUCACCCCAGAUUUUGAUAUUCCCCCUUAUAGGCGUAUCAUCUGGAUUUUCUCUCCAACUUAUUAAAGCCCUUUCACCUAUUA